CAGGGUGGAUUGGGGAAAUCUCUAGAAACAGGGUUAAGGAAGAGGACACCAUAAGCCCUGUCCUCCUGUCCUUUCUUCCUACACCAUGUGGAAGAACAGACAGGCUCUGCCAUGUCUCAUUUCAGUUCUUCUUGUCUUUCUGCCUUCUGCUUCCUCGAUCCAUUCAGAUCCGAAGUACAUGGUGCUGGUCCCUUCCCAGCUCCUCACUGAGACCCCUGAGAAAAUCUGCCUCCAUCUAUACCAUCUGAAUGAGACGGUGACGGUCAGAGCCACCUUGCAGUCCAGUGGGGGAAACAGAAGCCUGUUCAAUGAGCUUGUGGUCAACAAGGAUUUGUUCCGCUGUGUGUCCUUUACUGUCCCCAGACUUUCUCUUUCUGAGGAGAAGGUGUCCCUCUCUGUCCACAUCAAAGGGCCAACACAUGAAUUCAGCAAAAAGAUGGUGGUGCUGGUGAAGAACAAAGAAAGCGUUGUCUUUCUCCAGACAGACAAACCAGUGUACAAGCCAGGACAGUCAGUCAACUUUAGGGUUGUCUCUAUGGAUAAAAAUCUACACCCCUUGAAUGAGUUGUUUCCUGUGGUUUACAUUGAGGAUCCAAAAACAAACCGAAUUAUGCAGUGGCAGAAUAUCAACACGGAGAAUGGGCUUAAGCAACUGUCCUUCAGCCUGUCUCUGGAGCCCAUUCUGGGCUCCUACAAGAUAGUGAUACAAAAACAAUCGGGAGAGAAGAAAGAGCACUCCUUCACUGUGGAGGAAUUCGUGCUUCCCAGAUUUAAAGUUCAAGUAAAGGUCCCAAAGGCCAUCUCUGUGCAAGACGAAAAAAUAAAUGUGACGGCAUGUGCAGUAUAUACCUAUGGGAAGCCUGUCCCAGGACAUGCAAAGAUAAGAAUAUGCCGUAAAUAUAUGUUCUUCAGCUUUGAGAGAGAGACUAGAUGCAAAGGAGUCAGUUACCAGCUGGACAAAAAUGGCUGCAUCACACAAGAAGAAAACAUCACUAUGUUCCAAUUAAAGAAAAAAUGUUAUGGCAUGCAGCAUCUUCAUGUGAAUGCAAAUAUUAUAGAAGAAGGGACAGGAUUCGAGUUCAGUGGAUCUGGAACAACUAAAAUUGAAAGAGCCACAACCAAACUUGUAUUUGUGAAAGUGGACUCACACUUUAGACCUGGGAUUCCAUUCCUUAUGAAAGUUCGCCUAGUGGAUGUCCAGGAUGUUCCUCUCCCAAAUGAGCAAGUCUUCAUCAAAUCACGUGAAGCUGGCUACACCAGUUCUGCUAUCACUGAUCAGCAUGGCCUGGCAGAAUUCUCCAUCAACACCACCGGCAUUGCGGGUUCUUACCUCACUAUCAAAGUCUACCACAAGAAAGAAAAUUCAUGUGUUCGAUUCCCUUGCAUGGAAGAACAAUAUGCAGAAGCAAAGCAUGAGACCUACAGAGUUUAUACCGAGAGCAGGAGCUAUGUCUACCUUAAGACAGAGCCUGGCAUCUUGCCCUGCAGCCAGAUUCACACAGUUCAGGCACAUUUUAUUCUGAAGGGGCCUGUCUUGUUGUUGCUGAGAGAGCUCAAUUUUUACUACCUGGUCAUGGCCCGGGGUAAAAUCAUCCAUACAGGAAGCCACACUCACCACAUGGAACCAAGCAAAUUCCCUCCAGGUCCAGUGAAAGGCCACUUCACCUUGGAGAUGCCCAUGGAGUUCGGCAUGGCCCCUGUGGCUAAAAUGCUCAUCUAUGCCAUCUUGCCUGAUGGAGAAGUGAUUGCAGAUUCUUCAAAUUUUGAAAUUGAAAAGUGUCUUCUCAACAAAGUGGACCUGAGCUUCAACCCAGCCCGAAGUCUCCCUGCCUCACAGGCCCAUCUGCGUGUCACAGCUUCUCCUCAGUCCCUCUGUGGCCUGAGAGCCGUGGACCAAAGCGUGUUGCUCCUGAGGCCUGAAGCUGAGCUCUCCCCUUCCUGGAUCUACAGUCUGCCAGAGAUGCAGCACAAGGACUUUACUCCAAGAUCCCACCAUCUGCCUGAAGAACAAGACCUCUGUGUGAAUGUUGAAGAUAAGCCUGGAUUCACAUACUCAGGACCACAUGUGAAUGACAAGGAAGCCUACCGCUACAUAGAGGACGUGGGCUUACAGGCAUUCACCAACUUGAAGAUCAAACAUCCUAAAAGAUGUCUUGAUGAUUACUUUUACAAUUUACGAAUACCAAUACUAGUGUCUGCUAGAUUGUAUGACGAAAUAGAUUACAGUGAUGGAAUUGCAUACCUAAGAGAACGGACAUAUCCAUCCACUGAGGAUCCACCACGUGAAGAUCCAGUUACUGAGACCUUUCGAAACUAUUUUCCUGAAACCUGGAUCUGGGAUUUAGUCACAGUAAACUCCUCAGGAGUGGCUGAAAUGGAAGUGACAGUCCCUGACACCAUCACUGAGUGGAAGGCUGGGGCCUUCUGCCUGUCCAAUGACACUGGACUUGGGCUCUCUCCUGUGGUUUCUCUCCAAGCCUUCCAGCCCUUCUUCGUGGAGCUCACGAUGCCCUACUCUGUGAUCCGAGGAGAAGCCUUCACACUCAAGGCCACUGUGCUGAACUACCUUCCUACCUGCAUCCGGCUGGGUGUGCAGCUGGCAGCCUCUCCAGAUUUCACAGCUGUCCCGGUGGAGAAAGCCCAAGAAUCUUACUGCCUCUGUGCCAACGGAAGGCACACCACGUCCUGGUUGGUGACUCCCAAGUCUUUAGGGAAUGUGAAUUUCUCUGUGACUGCAGAGGCGCUGCAGUCCCCAGAGCCCUGUGGUUCUGAGGUGGCCACAGUCCCUGAAACCGGGAGAAAGGACACAGUUGUCAAAGUCCUGAUUGUUGAGCCUGAAGGAAUUCAGGAGGAGCACACCUUCAGUUCCCUGCUCUGUGCAUCAGAUGCUGGGCUAUCUGAAAAAUUGUCCCUGGUGCUCCCACCAACAGUAGUGAACGAUUCAGCCAGAGCCCAUUUCUCUGUGUUGGGUGAUAUCUUGACUUCAGCCAUUAAAAACACCCAGAAUCUUCUCCACAUGCCCUAUGGCUGUGGGGAGCAGAACAUGGUCCUUUUUGCUCCUAACAUCUAUGUACUGAAAUAUCUGAAUGAAACUCAGCAGCUGACUCAGAAGAUCAAGUCCAAGGCCAUUGACUACCUCAAUGCUGGUUAUCAGAGGGAGCUGAACUACAAACACAAAGAUGGCUCCUAUAGUGCCUUUGGGGAUCGAAAUGGCCAGAGUCAAGGGAACACUUGGCUCACAGCCUUUGUGCUCAAGUCUUUUGCCCAAGCUCAAGCCUUCAUCUUCAUCGAUGAAGCACACAUCACCCAUGCCUUCAACUGGCUCUCCCAGCAGCAGCAGGACAACGGCUGUUUCAGGAGCUCUGGAUCACUGUUCAACAAUGCCAUGAAGGGAGGAGUAGAAGAUGAAGUGACCCUCACUGCCUACAUAACCAUUGCCCUUCUGGAGAGUUCAUUCCCAGCUACACAUCCUGUUGUCUCCAAAGCCCUGAGCUGCCUAGAGUCAUCCUGGAAGACAGCAGAACAAAAUGGAAGGAAUAACUCUGUGUAUACCAAGGCCCUGCUGGCCUAUGCUUUCACUCUGGCAGGGAACCAGAAGAAGAGAAAUGAAAUCCUGGAAUCACUUGAUAAUGAAGCUAUAAAGGAAGGUAACUCUGUCCAUUGGGAAAGACCCGAGAAACCCAGGAAAGCAGGGAUGUCUCUGUACGAACCCCAGGCUCCCUCUGCUGAAGUGGAGAUGAACGCCUAUGUCCUCCUCGCUCUCCUCUCUGCUCAGCCAGCACCAAACCCUCAGGACCUGGCUGUGGCAGUGAGAAUCGUGAAGUGGCUCACAAAGCAGCAGAAUGCCUAUGGCGGCUUCUCCUCCACUCAGGACACUGUGGUGGCCCUCCAUGCUUUGUCCAAGUAUGGAGCAGUUACUUUCUCCAGAAGUCAGAAAAUUCCUUUGGUGACCAUCCAAUCUUCAGGGACAUUUUCCCAAAAGUUCCAAGUAGAGGAGAGUAAACGCCUGUUACUGCAGCAGGUCCCUUUACCUGACCUUCCUGGGGACUAUGAAAUCAGUGUGACAGGAGAAGGAUGCGUAUAUGCUCAGACGAUGCUGAAAUACAACGUGCACUGGGAGAAGCAGCAGUCUGCAUUUGCUCUCCGGGUGCAGACAGUACCUCUAACUUGUGAUAACCCCGAAGGGCACAACAGCUUCCAGAUCUCACUGGAAAUCAGUUACACCGGGAGCCGUCCAGCCUCCAACAUGGUGAUUGCUGAUGUGAAGAUGAUGUCUGGUUUCAUCCCACUGAAGCCCACAGUGAAGAAGCUUGAACGGUCCCAGCACGUGAGCAGAACAGAAGUGAGCAACACCAAUGUCCUGUUAUAUCUGGAUCAGGUCACCAAUCAGACCCUGGCCUUCUCCUUCAUCAUUCAACAAGACAUCCCAGUGCAAAACCUACAGCCUGCCAUUGUGAAAGUCUAUGACUACUAUGAGACAAAUGAAGCAGCCUUCGCUGAAUACAGCAUGCCCUGCGGCACAGAGAAGCCAAAUUUUUGAAACUUGUCAUUCAUUGAAACUUGGACAAGGCAUUGCUGGAAUCUCCAAACCCAGGAACCUUCAAGAUGGUGAUUUUCCUUUGUCUCUGCGAUAUAAAUACUGAACAACCUUGGUAAAUAAACACGUAGUUCAAAGUG